CUGCGAACUGAGCAUGUCACCCAUGUGAUUCUGUUAGAGCUCGCAAUUUUCGUUCGAUAGACAAGAAAACUUACCGUCUGCUUAAUGGAAUAGCGGGUUGAUUUUACCAUUUGGAAGGAAGCAAUGACAAACAACACUGUGUUCUUUUGAUCAAAGGGAAUUUCAAAGGUGAGGAUCUUUCGUUAACCCGGUUUGCAUGCAGCUUUCCUCAGUUCAGCGGCGCGUGUGUUAAAUCGCGCCUUUCUUGUAGUCAGGGCAGGGUCUUUUAAUUGUGUUCUGAUUGAAAUAUUUGCGGCUGAAUUGCUAUUUUGGCGUCAAAUUUGUGCUUUAUUUUCAGGUUUUGAAAUAUCCGCCUCGAUUCCAUCUUUUAAACCUGUUCAAUUUCCGUUUUGAGCCGACCCUUUUUGUCCGAAAGGUGUCAUUUGAUUGUGUCCUAACUCGAUUUUUUCUGUUGAAAAUCCUAAAUCAGCGGUUGUUAUGCGUGACUUCUAAGGUAAUUGCGGCUCUAUGCAAUAGAAAUUCAUUGUGCUUUAAGAAAUUAACGGUAAUAAUGCAAACCUCUGAGAAAUUUAGAGAUGUUUCUUGGUGCCAAAAUUACUUUGUGAUUCGGUGUAUCUGUGAUUCAAUCGUUUGUAAGCGUCCAGCCCAUAGUAGCCUGAUAUUACACGCUGCCCCAGUCUCAACGGCAAAUAGUUAAUCCUCCAUACCUAAAACGAGUUUUCGCGGCCAUUUUGAACUGUAAAUGAAAUAUGGCAGCUAGGGUCAGAGGUGUUGCGUAUCGAGUUAAUUAACCGUACAGGGACUCUUGUAAUCAUGGCUUUGAUAUUGAAAGUAUUAGUGCAGUCUGAGAAUACUUUUGCAAGGUAGCUUUACGGUUCACAGAUAAGGAGAUCCUUGGGACCAUUGAAAAGGUGGUACUUGGUCAAAGUCAAUGAAGGGACGAAUAUCUGAAACUGAACAUUCUUUAGUUUGAAGUUCGUUUAUUCAUAAAUACCUAGCAGUUCAAAAACUGAAUUACAUAUUUAUAUGACAAAAAUUAAAUAAUACAAAUCUUAUCAGUAACUAAUCUAUCUUAAAUAAAAGGACAAAAAAAAAAGCUUACAGAAGAUAAGCUGCUAAAAAAGUUACAAUUCAAGCUGUGAAAUUCGAAAACUCUAAACUAUAAAUUAGUUGCGUUGAGCCAUGAAGAGAUAAUAAAGCUAUUCCUUAAACAGUCAGUUAUAAAACGUGGCAUCUUAAAAGGUCACACACAUCUCAAUGAGUAGUUUCAUGCGGUGUAGGUAAUAACUUAUAACGGCAGUGAUUGUUGUCAUUUACAAUUGUAUCAGAAAGUGUCUCACAUAUUUUGUCAUAGUGGGUUGCUAGUUCCUUAAAGUUCAUAACAAGAGUUUCAUGAUAGCUUACACCAGGGCAGAUGAUGGACAUUGCUCUCUUCUGUACUCGUUACAAUUCUUGUAUUAAAUAUUUCAGCAAACUAAAGUGAAAGGCUGGUACUGCAUUGUCCAUAAAUUAUCUAAUACAGCUAGAGUAGGAGAGCCCUAAAUCAAUGCAAGAACCUUUGCUCUCUUAAGUUGUACCAAAAAAAUAUAUGCCUCUUUAAUAUAGUGCCUCUUUGUAUUAGCUUGAAAAUGUGAAUGGUCAAGUUAGCAGAAACAAUUUGGAAAACAGUUUGUGUGGAAAUUCAAUCCUUUCUAUAAAGCUGAGAUACGUGUGAAAGCCUGGUUUCAGUUCACGUUUAAUUUGGAUUCCUUGAUGAACAAGGCUUGACUUUUUAACCUUUUAAUUCCUUGAUGAACAAGGCUUGACUUUUUAACCUUUUAAUUCCUAGAAGGGAUUAACAUGUUACCUCUCCCUUUAAUAUCCAUACAAUAUUCAGUAAACAUGUAAUGAGAAUACUCAAACUUAUCAGGUUGAAAUUGUUAUCUUGAUCUAACACCAAAUUCUCAUAACUUAUUGAUCAGAAAUUGUGCAGCAACUAGAAGGGAGAAUCAACAAUCAGAUCUUGGGAUUUAAAGGGUUUAAUAAUGUCAUAAGUUUUGCUGGGUAGAGAAUUGUUCACUUGGGAAGUGUUUCUGCUGGGUUACCAAAAUCAUACUAACUUUCUUUGUAAUAUGAUGAGAACCUUCCUUUUUUUACUGUAGUUCAGUAAGAUGGUGACAGUGCCAUCCCCUCAGUGUGUGGGCCGCGAGUUUGUGCGCCAGUAUUAUACCCUUCUCAAUCAAGAGCCCGUACAGAUUCACAGGUAUAAUGUAGAUGAUACUCAUAAUUGAAGUCAUAUAGCCAAAGUUGUGCAAUAGUGUAGAAGAUCAUUCUUUCCAGUGGAGUUAUUGUUGUGCUGAAAAGUAGUUGCCACUUCAGAGUUCCAUCUUGUGACUUUGCUUUCUUUAUAUCCAUCAUUAUUAUCAAAAUCACCAGCUUUGUAGCUUAUGGCAAGAUAAUUGUUUAGUUUGGCUGUAUAGCCGUCAUGUGAUAAAGACUCACCUGUUGGUGGGAGAAAAUAAACUUGAUAUCAAAAUUCUCUGUUAUAUUGAACUGUGCAUAGAAUAAAUGUAGACUGAGCUAAAGGUGCACUACAUACUAACAUGUAUUCAAUGAGGCUGUAACAAUAAUUUUGUGUAUUAUGAAUGUUCUUUGUCCAGGUUUUACACAAAGCAAUCCUGGUUUCUUCAUGGGAGGGCUGAGAAUGGACUAAAUGAACCCCCUGUGGUUGGCCAAGAGGUAUGUGUGCUGUGUUGGACUAAGUCUACUGCCUCUUACCUCCGGAGCUUUUUAAAGUUUCAUGAUAAGCUUCAGGUUUCAGUUUUGUUAGUAUGAAUUAGCUAAGAUUAUUAUAUCUCCUUCUGAAAUGGGUGGUAACCAUUUCAAACUUGUGGGGAUAGAGGCUUUGUGAGCAUAGAGCCCAAAUCAAGAGCCCAGUGAGCUUACAGGUUAACUCUCAUAAUGUGAUGGUUAAUUCUCCCCUUUAGCUGGUACACAUUUCAUCUUAAAGUAGUUGCAAUUAUUUUAUGUUAGAUCAAGAUAACCUCUACUGGAUAGGUUUGAGUAUUCUCAAUACCUGUUUGCUUGAUGAUAUAUGCAAAUUAUGAAGAGAAGUUACAUAUCAAUCACUUCUGAGAGUUAAAGGGUGAAACAAAAAAAGAACAAUCAAUAUAUAAACUCAGAGAAGCGACUUAAGUUUAACUGAAUCGUUAAGUUAAAUCUUGCUAUUUUUUUAUAUUCUUUUAGGCAAUUUACAACAAGAUCAAAGAACUCAAUUUCAAUGACUGCCACACAAAGAUAAGACAAGUGGACAGUCACUCCACUGUUGGGGGUGGGGUAGUGGUGCAGGUAAAGUUCAAAUUAAAUCUGCAAAGCAAUUAAAUUUUGAGGAUGUCUCCAACUCAGUCUAUUAGUGGUUUAAGUUACUUAUGAUACAUGCCAGGGCGUGAAAUUGUGCCUAAUAUAGGCGCCAAUGCAACUAACUUUUUCACUUUGGCGACCAAAUCCUGGAAAUUAGUCGCCAAAUUGGUGACUAGAAUGUUUCAUCAUAACCUUACCAAGAGAUAUAAUGAAUUAAAAAGAUUUGCAGAGAUAAAUCCAUUGCAAACUUCCUCGUUAAGUUUGUUUCCAAAACUAAACAGAUGCAUCUCGAUUGAUAACUAGACGCCAUCUUGGAAUUAAGUGAGCUAUAAUGUUGUAUAUUAUCCAUUGUAGUGUCCACUUUGUAGCACGUUAAAGAUCUUUUCCCAAACUUAAUUUUGGAGGGUCUAUCUAGAAUGCUGAUGGCUUAAAAGGUUUUGUUUGUCUUUGAAAAUGGCGACCAACUUUUUUUCACUUGGCUACCACUUUGAAGAAUUUAGGAGCCAAGUGGCUAUCAGAAAAAAAAAUUAAUUUCAUGCCCUGCAUGCCUUUUAGUUUUAGUAGGAACUGCUAAAUAGACUAUACUUGUCUGCUUGUUAAGAGAUAUAUUUUGUAUCUCAGUGAUUCCUUUUUGGGGGGGCAUUUCUUUACCUAAGCUGUAAGAAGUUGAUUAAUUCUUUAAAACGUUCAGAUGUAGGUUGUAAGUUACAUGCAGUAGUUUAGUAGAGAAGUGUUUAAAAUCACAGAAACUACAAAUGUCUAUCAGUCUCUUGUAGUCAUGGAAAGGAAAUGUAAAACUUUUCAUUGAGUGAAAUCUCUACUGACUGUGGUGAUGUUCUCAAGCAUGUACUAUCUGUACAUGUAUAUUGGUGAAUCCAAUUUCUUGGAGAGCACUUAUACUGUAUUAUUUGUUGUUUGAUCUGUGGCAGGUGUCAGGUGAACUGUCCAAUCAUGGUCAGCCCAUGAGAAGAUUUAUGCAGACCUUUGUUUUGGCUCCUGGCGAGGUAAGUACAGUCAAACCUGUAUUCAGGAGCAGUGUGUUAAGCAGUUGCCCUGUAUGAAGCAAUCACUUUUCUAUUUUUCCUCUUAAUUUAAGUAAAAUAUCAACCUGAUAAGUGAUAAGAAUAAAGAAAAAUAUCAAUUUGGGGAUAGUUAGUUGAUCCAAUACUGGACUAACAUCAUAAGAAUUGUAUAGUUGACAAUAAGGAGAAUAACAGAUUUGAUCUGGGAGCUAAAGGGUUAAGCAGUCAACCUGUAUGAGGCAGUCAUCCCACCGUUCCUUGUGGAUGAUCACUUAACUCUUUCCUCCCUAACAUCAGUAUGCAUAUUCUCCAUACUACUCCCUAGACAUUUCCUAGGGUCCUGACCAGGGAGAAUUUGUUCAAAAAUCAAGGGCUUCUUUAGUUGGUGAUCAUCUCCUUUAUUCUCAUGACCUUAAUGUUUGAUUGAGGGGUGUUGUUGUGAGGAGAAAUUAGAUUUCGUAAAAAAGGCUGUGGUUAGAUGUUAGUCACUCUUACAGGUUAAAGGGUUUAGUGCAGGUUCUACUGUACUCACUGCUGAGGAUUUUUCAACCUAUUCAGUUUUACUUUAUGUAGAAUCAUCUGACAGAACAUUAAAAAAAUAAAUAUAUUUUUCUAGCUAAGUAAACAAUUUACUUUUUGAAACAGAUAAUACCUAUGAAUAAAUAUCUCUCUGGGAAUUUUUUGGGUAAAAUCAAGGUUAUUGUCCAUUUAUACAUAUCACCCACAAACAUAAGUUAAUUUUGUUUGACCAGGGACCAAGAAAGUAUUAUGUCCAUAAUGACAUAUUCCGCUAUCAAGAUGAGGUGUUUUCUGAGGAGACAAGUGAUGAGCCAGCUGAUGGUACUGUUGGUAAGGAGAAGUAUAUCAAUUGUUUCACUUUUUUAAGUCUUAAGCAACCAUUUGCCAGUGUCUCUGAAAUUUUAUUAGCCAGAUUUUUUUCUACUGGCCAUUAUGACCAAAAUAAUUGCAGUGUUGAGUAUUGAAUGUUUUAAGCGAUGGCUUUCUAAGAAGCUUGAAUAAAUGAAGUGUUAGUUACUACUGAUGGUUUUUGUUGAAGAUUCGGAGGGGGAAGAAGAUGUUCCUCAACCAGGGCAAGUGAGCAACAAUGUCAACAGCUACAGCCAACCUAACCAGGAGCAGGAUGUGCCACAGGACAAGGCCAAUGACAACUUACAUUACACAGACCAGGGACAAUCCAAUGGGUAAUCAUUGUCUUGGUUAUAAAAUGUUUUAUGUUAGAAGCAAUGAAAUUCAUUUAGCCCUGAAAACAUGGAAAUGAAAACAUACAAAGAGCUUGAGCUUUGAAAAAGGCAAUGUUGAUCUUUGAAAUAUAUUUGAUUCUUGGAGUGAGAUAUUCUCAGACCACGAUUCAUACAAUAAUGUACAUCCUAGCCUCUGUGUGCUUGACUGAAAGACACUCUGUUAUAUUUGAAAAGAAUGUAAUAUAUGUAAAGAAUCUUUUAGAUAAUAAUGAUGUAGCUUUACUAUCAGUCCACACAGUAGUUCAUAAAUGUUAAUAGCGUGUUUUCCUUUCUUGUUUAUACACGCACAUACAGCUGUAUGUACUUUGCAUCUGUCCCAUUACACUUGACCUGACAGGGGUUGGUAUGUCAUUCUAUGACUUUGAAUUAAGCACAUUUAAGAUAAGGAAAUUUUGAUUGUCAUUAAUUUUCUCUGUUUUUAUUUGUUCAGCCCUGGAGGGUUACUGAACCAAGAUCCAUUGCUAAAUGAUAAUGAGGGUGAUGAAGAAUCCUCAGAACUGCAAGAAGUUGUCAUCGACAAACAGCCCCAGGUAGAUGGAUAGUUACAUUUUUUGUCAUGGUUGAUCAGUAACAGCCACAGAGCAGAUUGUAAAAUUUUCAUUUGAGAAUAUAAAUUGAUUAUUGAUGGGGAAGUCUUCCUAGCAAAGUUGUGUUAUUUCCAGAAUCACCUGGUACCUUACGGGUUCAGGCCGAAGAAGUCUGUUACUCCCAGCUCUUUACCCAUUCUCCCAUAAGAUGUAAACAUCAAUUUUGAGCAUUCUCUACAAUUCAUUUAUUGCAAUUUUAGCUCUGAGAAUAUAGUUUUGAAUAAAACAAAACCACUUUGUUGAUAUUUUUCUUACUUUUCACAACUUUUUUGCUUGAACAAAUAUUGAUACUAGAAGAAGAAAUUCCUUUCUGAUAACUCCUAGGAUUGAAAGGGUUAAAGCUUUCACUUAUAAAAGCAAUAUCCUGGCUGCCCAAAGUUCUUUAAUGUUGUGAUCUUUUCAGAUUCCUCACCUUGAGCCAGUGAAAGAGACACCAGGUAUUCAGCCCUUGGAGGAGAAGGAGCCUCUGUCUGCUGAUGGACAUCUUAAUGACGCCCCUUAUGAUGAGGAGCCAGAAGAGGCUGAAGAGGAGGAGGAGGAGCUUGAGGGGCCAGGGUCUGAAACAGAGGCACCUUUAGAGGAUAUUUCUGGUGAACCAGCUGAGUCAGGUACAUGUUUUACUGUUGCCUUAAUAAGUAAACUCCCCAAACUGAUUAAAAUUUAACUCCUUCUUACAAUGUUUCUACAUUAACCUACAAACAGGUGACGAGAUAAGACAAAUUUGUCUACAAGACAGUGUUAUCUUGAUUUAACAUCAAAUUCUCUGAACUAAUUUGAAUGGAAAUGUAAAAUUGCAAUGAAACUGAGUUCAUUGAUAACUUUCAUGUACCCCUUUAAAUUCAAAGAUCUGAUUUGUAACUCUCCUUUCUCUCUUUUUUUUGACUUCUUGAGACAGUAAAGAGAAUUUGGUGCUUUAUCAAGUUGACACUGUCAGACUGAUAAGUUGCCUAUUCUUGUCAUCUUUUUUUUGUUUGUUUGGGGGGGGGUGGUGGUGUAUGAUUGGAAAUGGUGGUGUAUGAUUGGAAAUGGUCAGUGAAGUUCCUUAUUGAUUGCAUAUGGGAGUUAAGGAGAAACAUUUUUAUUUUUAUGUCAAUAAUUCUAUGCAGGCAUUCAUAGCAUUGGAUAUGAUUUAUUUUUUUUAUCUUGUGGUUUGAUUGCAGUACCAGAGAAGCCGAAGACCUGGGCAGCUCUUGCAGCAUCUCGCACACCACCAGCUCAGUCUAGCUCAGCUCCAUCCACAAACUCACGCCCAGUGCGUCAGGCUCAACAGGUAGCUUGAAAAUGAUAACAUAACCAGCAGCAAGUGCUGGUCAUUGCUGUUCAAUUCUUCCACUCAAUUUUGAUAUUUUGCAAAAGGGGAACUAAGAAACUACCAACUAGAGGAUACUGCCUGCAUCAAGCAACAACUUUCACAGAAGUUCAGUAUAUAAGUGUAUGUUCUUCAGUUGGACAAACAACAACCCUCUUCUUAAUGUUGGUAACAAUAAAAUUGCACUAGAUGAAAAUUAAUAGAUGGAUAAGUAAAUAACAUUAAAAAAAAGAAAUAUUGGGGAAAAAAAAUGACAAUCCACAUUGAGAGGAGAGGUUAGUAAGUGUUUGUACAUCCAACUUGAUGGCAGCAGUAUCUCUAAAUCUUAGGAUGAAAUCUAUUGGCAACACAUGUUGUGGUAUGCAAAGGAUAUGUUUUAGUGUCAAAUCAUUAGCCUGAAUUGUGUUGUGCUUAAAUAUUUUCAGGCAUGAAAGUAUCUACUGCAUCAUGUUAAUUUAUUAUUCCUUUUUUUUUUUUUUCAGCCUCUUCCUCAGCCUGUCUUACAGCCACCACCAAGGCCCCAGCCUGCUCCUGCCCGCUCAUCUAAGGAUGCUCGUGGGGGAAUGAACACUAGAGAUGCAAGGCUGACGGCUCGCAAUGCUCCAGAUAAUCAUCAAGUGUUUAUUGGAAACUUGCCAGCAGGGGUCAAGGAUGAAGAAGUGCGCAAUGUGUUUUCUAGUGAGUGCACAUGUGGACAAAUAUAUAUAUAUAUAUAUAUAUAUAUACACAUACAUACACACAUAUAAAUGGGGGGUAGAGUCUACCUUGGCAUAAAGUACUCAAUGCUGUGGUAGCAGAGCUGAGUAUAUAUAAGUGAAAGAAUCAAAGAGGAUGCACGCAUUGAUUCUCUAGAACCGUUGGUGCUAGAGAAUUGAUGCGUCCUCUUUGAUUCUUUCACUUAUAUAUAUAUAUAUAUAUAUAUAUAUAUAUAUAUAUAUAUAUAUAGCUUAUUAGAAGUUUUGAGUAUUUUUUACGAAUUGUGCCUUAUUUUGAAAAGCCUGUAGGGCAAAUCACAAUACAAACAAUGAGUAAAAAUACUCAGCGAUACUACACACCAAAAUGUCUAAUGCCAGUGGUAUUAUCCAACUGCUUAUUUUUCUGCUCAGUCUUUCUGUUCAUUUCUCUUAGGGCAGGAAAAGCAAAGUGGAUAGAAAAGCUUAGCAUGCGUGGCCAACUGGUUAAACAAGUUUUUGUACAGUAUAAAAUAACCAACUGUCCAAAUAACCAUACAAUAUCACAGGAUAUUUGUAGUCUAUUUGCGCACUAUUUGUACUCUACUUUGUGCAGAAAGAAAGAUGUAAGACAAACAAAGAUUUCAAUUGCACGACAUAGGAAAGGUUAAAGUUUAGGAUUUGAAACCAAGGUAGUUCCUUUUUUUGCAUUCAGAUGCAUUAGUGACAGCCAUUUAGAGAGUUUUUUUUACAAGCUAGGCCUUAUAUUAGGAUCAUAUGAAACAAGCCUGCUGCAUUCUGCUAGGUCCUAUGUAGAGCAGUAAAGCUGCAAAUUAUAUGCAUCCAUGUCAAAUGAGGGAUGUUUCAAAACAUUCUUCUUGAGUUUGGGGCGGGAAAUCUGAGUCCUGCAUUAAUCCUUGUUUAUUCUGUCAGAUGCUUGGAUGUUUGUGACCCUCCUUGCAUUAUGAUAUAUUCAUGUAUAUUUAUUUUUCACACUAUCUUUCUCUUCCAGAGUAUGGAACCAUAUUGGAAAUCAGGCUAAAUCCUAAGGUACUCGCCUCAUUAAUAUACACGUUUUAAGCUUACUACAGAUUAUUUUUUCUGCUACUGUUGGCCAUGGUUUUUUUAGCUUACAUGAAGCCGUACCCUCCCCCCGCCAAGGAGAAACGAAGGCGAGGCUUCCGUUUCGCUAUCGGGGGAGGGUACGGUAACACGUAGGCUGUGGUUUUCUUCUGUUGUGUUUGUUUGUUUGUUGGGUUGUUUGGUAUCAUUGAAGCCAGAAUAAUCAAAGAUUCACUUAAACUAUUUCCAACAGUCCUAAUAAGUUUUCUUGUGUGUUAUAUUUGUAGAACUUUGGAUUUGUGAUUUUUAACAGCUCUGAACCAGUGGAACAAAUUUUAAUCAACAGAGUAAGUAUCAAUGUGAACAGGUACAACUAUAAAGGUCAUGCUUAAACAAUUUCUUUAGGUUUUUUAAAUCUUGAAAUCUUUUGAUAAGACUAGAGUGGAUUGUAUUUGAAUGUUUAAUAUUUAGGGUGGUCUCUCUCGCAUGGGGACUUUCCACUCUCCUAUUGUCCAACCUUUGGCCAGACCUUCCCAUCAUCUUCUAACUUUAUCAUCAUCAUCAUCAUCAUCAUCAUCAUUAUUUUGAACAACAAAUUGAUUGAAAUUUUUAUUUUUAUGAUUCUCAAUGUUAAAGACAUAAAUCCAGACCUCUUCUUGCCACCUCGCCUGUUAAAUUCGAUUGAAGUUAGUGGUCGAAAGUAAUCGAGGGGGGAGGGGAGGGGGGAGAGGAAUGGCUUUGCUUUUAAAAUCUCCGUGUAGAAAACUUAAUAAGUAAUCAUCUCAUCCUACGGAUACAAGACAAUUUGGUUUUAUCAGCUGAUUUGAUAAUGUAAAUUGGCGACCAUAAAGAGUUCGCUUAAACGAAGGGCUAACGCUCUAAAUGUCAGCUGUAGAAACUCUUGAAGGUGGCCAAAUAGAGAAUUAUACAUGGGCACGCAUAGGUAUGUAAUUUCUCUUCGAGUGUUGAACUCGAUAGCUCACGAGUGAGAUGACGAGUUGAACACGAGAAAAGAAAUUUCAUAUCUACAAGCAACCAUGUACCAUGUACCAUGUACAUAAACACAAUAGCCUUUUAGUAACAAAAAAAGUCGACUUUAUCAAUGAAUGAAAAUAAAAGGAUCAAUGAUCGCUGAAUAAAAAUUGUAAAGUGCGUUGGUGCUAAGGCUCAAGAUGAAAAAAUGCGUUGAAACACUACAAAAACAAACAAUGGCCGUAGUUUUCAAUAUACAAAAUUUUCAGUUAUUGACUAGGUCCUUACCGACAAAAGAAAUCUUUCAGAUACACGGGCAAAAUCGGCCUGUGGCAAAUCUUCCAGUUAUCGAUUUUCGUUCUCAGCGAUAUCAAACACACGUAAUAAAACGAUAUUUUUCACGUGUGUUAGUGCGGCUUUUCUUAGGAAAUCCUUGUAUAACACCGUAGUUAAUAUGAUUAUUAGCAUUAUCAACUCAGUUUACAAAACCAAACUAUCUUAUUUUAUCCCCCUACACCGGCACAGCACCAUAGUUUCUGUAAAAACUUGCCCCAUUAUUCAAUCAGAUACAAGAUUGAAAGUCGCCCCAGACCCCGCUCUAGACAGAGGUACUUUCCGCUGUUGGGAUUAGUUUGGUUUUGAUGUAACGUCUCAAUUGCAAUGGACUAUUCGAGUUCUUUGUAAACUGAUAUGUUACUAAAGAAAUAUGUAAUAUACACCUAUUUUCGUUUAUUGUAGCCAAUCAAAAUCGGUAGCCACGAAAUCAACAUUGAAGAAAAGAAACCCAGCGGAUCAGUUGGGCGUGGUGGUGGUGGCGGCGGCGGUGGCGGCGCGAACCGUCCACGCGGUAGUUCUGGCGGUGGGGCCCGUGGAAACUCCCGCGGGGGUGCAAGUGGUGGUGGUGGACAAGCUGGCCGUGGAGGAAGUGGAGGGUCUCGUGCGAAUAACCGAGGAGGAUUUGGGACGGGUGGUGGCGCUGCAAGUGCAGGGUCUGGAUCUAGUGGACGCGCAGGUGGUCGUCGAGACAAUGGUGGACGUGGUGGAAAAUAUAAGUGACUUUGUGACGAGAUGUCCUACAUUAGUAUAAAUAAAUUAUACCAAAAAAAAAAAUAAAUGAAAAAAGUCAAACAUUGCAACGAGCCAUGGUGGCGUUAGCUUCGCUUCUCUUUUAAAGCAUUUCUGUCCUCGUGUAUCGUGUGAUUGCUUCGUGCUUCUUGCUCUGUGUUCGAGUCAAACGUCAAGUUUGCUUGCAUUUUGUCUGCUGGCAGAUAUCCUUGAGAAUGUUUUAGUUGCCAUCUUUGAAUCAUAGCAAUACAGAAAGUCACCGUGUGAGUGUGAGGUACGCGGAAUGUUCCACCGUGAUUUUACUGUCGUUAUGUAGAACGCUAAAAGUGAAAACGUGAGACUUUUGUUGCCAUGGACACGCUCAUCUUCAUACAUCGCUACUGAACUUGGCGAUCUUAAUACGAAGCGAAUUUGAGAUUUAAAGAAUUGUGAACUUUUUUAGAAUAGGAACUCGUUAUAAGGAAAUACGAUGUUUGCAGUAUUUAUAUUGGAUAUCACUAUUACGAAUCACUGAGGAAUUAAAAAGAUAACUUGUGC